AUGCGUGCCUUUCUAGUGAAACUAAACUUCGGUCUGCAAGAUCUUUCCUAUAUUGAAUUGGGGAAAUGCGGAUCCGUGCAAGGUGGUGUACAUCAUGACCAAGGAGGAGUGCAAAAACGAAGAACGACUGAGGUUUGCAUGGAAUGGUUCGAUGCGGAUGAGUUUGAGUACCAGUUGACAUGUAUUCCAAUGCAUGUCCACAAAUUGGAGGAUGGGGUUAAACUGGGAUCGCCUUGUUCGAGACAACAUUGCUUGGUGAAGAUUUUUUCCAUUGGAGAAGUUCAAGGCAGUGCUGGUGCAUUCGUCAUGCAACCAAAUGAGAAAUUCAAUUUCUCGAAAGUAGAAGUACGAAUCAAUCGGGAAGUUUUCUUAUCAUACUGCAACAAGAAAUCCGUGCGCAGAUUGAAGCAUGGAGAUAUCAUCGAGUUCUUCCUUCGGGAUAUUCCGUACUUCAAGGUCAUGUUUCUCUCGACUGAUGAAUGCCUGGGGAGAGUGCCGCAAACGUCAGUCCUGCUGUCAUGUCCUUGGCCGAUUCUACAGAAUAUUUUCCAGUUUUUGAAUCCUUUUGAAACCAUGGAAAGCAUUGUUCCGGUGUGUCGGCAAUUUUUUCAGCUGAUGAGGAGUGGUGCAAUUUGGACUCAUCUCAAGUUCGAAGCCGUUUUCGACAAAACAUACGUUCCAUACGGUCACGUGGAUUCCUUUGCUGCAUUCAUGGGAAAUGAAGAAUUCCUCGUAAAAUUGGAAACCCUGGAAGUUACUCGCUUGACCUCCUAUAGACUCCUCCGGAAUGAAAAAAUCAUCUUCCCGAACGUUCGAGAAGUUACGCUGUGGUGUUCUUCGCAGAAUGACUUCUCCGUGGAUUUGAAGCGGGUUUUUCCGAGGCUGAAAUUGCAUUCAAUUUUUUGGAAACGCUCCCUCAAAAGACGCGCAUCGGUGUGGUCAGGCGGUAUCACGAAGUUACUUGACUUCUUUGGCUCCGGUGUGCUGCAAAGCCUUCAUUUUGAAGCCUUGCCAGAAAAGUUCAGUGAAGACGAUUGGCUUCUAGCGCAAAGAAGGGGGACUUUCACGGAUCUGAAAUCGCUGACCCUGCUUGGAGGCGAUUUCCAGAAAAUGCCAGACAUCGGUAUGAUGUCUGAUGUUUUCCCGAAGCUUAAAUCGAUCUGGUUCCAAGAUGUGCAAGUGUCACCGAGAAAUGUAAUAGACCAUAUACUUGAGAUGCCAAGCGUGGAGAAGCUUUGGUUCAGAAAUGUUCGCUCAGAGUUUGGUCCUGAACCAAUCCCGCUUUAUUUCUUCGACAGAAGACCGAAGAAAUGGCUUGAAAACAUCAAACUCAUUUCUGCUGAUCUGUGGGAAGUAUACAUCCCAUAUUCCAGGAUGAUUAACCUGGAAUGUGUGGCCUUAUUCUUUCGAGGCAAUCCGAUGACCGGGCUCACAGAUACGGGCAUUGAUGAAUCGAUACCUCGAUCCCUGGAAAAUAUGUUCAAGGAGCUUCGGAAGUGCUCGAAGCUCAAGGGACUAAUUCUACGUGUACCGAAUAAUUGUUUUCGGUGCUCAGUUUUUCAGGGACUUUCCCAGAAGCUGGAAUUUGCCGCUGUAUCGGGAGCAAAACUUGACGAAGUGAAAUCUGUACUGGAAUGUCUUAGCAUGAACCAAACUCAUCUUGAAGAAGUAUGGAUCCGAGUGUUCAGUUCGUCGGCGUAUAAAUUGAAGGACGACAUCAUGGACGUGUUGAUGACAUUCAAAAGUCUCAAAAAUGUUGUAUUCGUGUAUACGCCUCGUCUAUCUCACGAAAUGGACUGGGAGCAGGAUGACUACGAAAUUGACUCAGAAUGCUUCAUGAAUUGGGAAAUUGACCUGCGAAGAUUUGCUGAUGAAGGGUGUCACUGGAAACAAGUGACUUUUCUCUUUGACGGUCCAUCAGACAAGGAAUCAUUCACCUUCAAUAUCCAGCUGCGGAAGACAGAAGAUUUCUCAUCGUAUGCUGUCAAUAAAUUUUUCUCCGACCGGUUCAAGUAUGCUCCAGAUGAAAAACGUCGUUAUAAGUUCAAGGCAGUCGACUUGAUUUUAACUCUUUUCCCGAAACUGAUUGAAUAGUACUGUAUGCGCGUAUACUGCGUCUUGUACGCUUCCUCAGUUGCUUUAGUGAUCGUUGAACUUUUUGUUUUGUUUUUGUUUUAAUGCCAUCGAUUUUGAAAGUGCAGUUAGCGAAAAUUUGAGUUACAAAUCAAUUUGAGUCAGCCAAAAUAUGGCAGUUUCGCGUGUUUUUCAAGGUCGAAUUAUGAUUGUGAAAGGUUUUUUUUUUGUGGCGAAUUCAGAAAUAUCUCAAGGAGUGUCGGGAUCUACUGUACUUCGUUAUUUCGGUCCACGCUGAAGCAUGGAUAUUGUUCUAAAGUUAUGUCUGCUGCUGGAUUAUUCGGUUCUGGGAUUUGGAAGUCUAACUUGGGAAAUUUAUUUUGCCACUGAGUUUCAUUGCUUAUGUGAGGCGAAGGAUGUUUUUAUAACACUGUUUAUUUUCCGCGCGUUGACAUGAGUGAGCCAGUGCUGCCCCUGCAGUGAUUUACAAUCACGUUGCUGUUCCACAGCUGUGUGACAGCUGCUGCUGCCCUUAAAUUUUUUUUUGCGCACCCAUUUAGCUGCAUUUAACCGUUGAAACUCGACUUUGUUUGCCCUUCUGUGUGCCAAUUAGUUAUAACUGCAGGGAAAUAGCAACUGAAACUUGGGUUUGUUCGCUUGUCAUAUUGCGAAUAAUGCUCAACAUUCGAUAUAUCUUGAUUGUGCGUAGAUUUUGGGUCUGGGCUGGUUCAUGGUCAAGGUUAUAUUCAUUCAGGGUCAGUUAGCGUGAGCUCC